AUGAGCGUUAGAGAACAACGGCAUUGUGAAGCUGCAAUCUGGCGGGCACGGUGGGGGGAGGAGGACGGGGCGCGCGACCUUGAUCUGGUUCCGCGCCGGGUCGCCGGCCGUCACGUUACGUCGCCCGCGUUCGGCUCUUACCGAUUUCCGACAUUUUCCGCGAACGUCCACCACAUUGGCGACCGCGUCGACCUGGACCGCGCGGCAGGCGCUCACGACGCACUUGUUGCCGCGCUCGAUCCCGCCGCCAAUAGCACUGAUCCUUGCGCCUUGUACGCUGCCGCCAACGACAAGCUCCACCGCCAGCUCCUCGUCUACGUCGUCCUUGCUUCCUUCCUCGCAGCACUGCUCGUCAUCACCCAUCGCUGCGCCCUCGCUUUGCCGAUCUACGUCCUCUCACGCAUCCUCAACCGCUUCGUCAAACAUCUCACCAUGGCCGUCCAACGCACAAAACGCAAGCGCGACAAAACUGAGGACCUUCUCUUCCCGGUUCCAGGCAGGUUCAAGGAGGACGGGCAGCUGAUGGUCGAGUCGGUUGACAUCUCCGCCCUCACCGUCAAGCAGAUGAAGGAAAGGCUGCGAGCAUACACACGCCCGAUCACGGGCAACAGCGAGAUUCUCAAGCAGCGGUUGCGGGAGUUCAGUGCCGACCGCUCCGCCUGGGACGUGUUACUGCCGAGCAUAUCCUCAAACCUCAAGGUCUUGCGCGUGAGUAAGCCAAAGGUGAAGCGCGCAAAAUCGUGGAAGAUGCGCCGCCACAACAUGUUCGGUGAUGGCGACGAUGCCGAGGAUGGCCAGCAUCGCGUUGCGAAGGUUGAUGAAGGGCUAUUAGCUGCGGCUGCCCGAAUCCGUGCUGCCAAUCCAUAUCGCCCGCCUAUCGAAUAUCUACGCCGUAUGAGCAACCCUUCGCAUGUAGUGCAGGAGCCCGUCGAUGAGAGCGAUAGCCGCGCGGCAGGAUUAGUGCCACCGCCUGUAGCUGCCCCUGCUGCAGUUCCGAAUGCCCAGGACAUCGUACAGGGCGUCCUCAACGGUCUCCUGCAACACCAAUUGCCACCGACGAUGACCGCUGCGACCCUCAAUGGCCCGGCCCAGAGUGACGCCGUAUCUGCCACGACACGACAUAACGGCCCUCUUCGCAGUGGUGGUGAGCACGCACUGGCCUCAACGUCAUCUCCUAUCAAUGCCAAAUCCCCCGCGUCGUCGCCUCCACCUCGCCGCACGCUACAUCUGCCCCCUCUCGCCACCUGUACCAACAACGGCCUCCUUCUCGAGUUUACAGAUGAUGACGUUCAAGCACCCGCUGGUGGAAUCGGCUCCGACGUCGAGCGCAUCGCCUGCAUGUGGACGUUCGAUUCGUACUGGCGCCGCGACUCCCCUCUGACGAUCCAUGGGCACCCCAUCCCCCUCUCGAUCUGGCCCGAGCUCUUCAAUCACCGCAAGCCAGAGCUAUGGACCUACUACAAGUCCCACUACAUCAAAUGGAGGGAUGUGGCAAUGGCAUGGCGCAGGUUCGACUCUCCCGAGAAGUUCUGGGAGAAGUACAGCAUCAUCGGAGGCAUGCAGCGCAAGCGCCAAACCUUCACGCAGAUCGCCAACGAGGUCAUGAAGGCGUGGAAGGACACGACGCGCACGAUCGUCGCGAGGGCUCGUGCCGAGUACGGUGACGGCGAUACAUUCGCCGCCGCUUUCAGCUAUUGGAAGGGUAAUACCAUGCACACCUUACGCAAUGACACGGGCAUCGCUCGUCGAUACGUCGAGCUUCUCCGUCAGCAGGGUCGAGAUGCCGAUGCGGUCUUGGAGGCUGAUCUGGAUGACGAGAAUAUUUAG